CACGCAUGCACGGCUUUUCGAUCAACACACUUCUUGCGGCAUUUCGGCGUACCGUCGACUCGUUUUUUAUCGCCUUUCUUCCACGCCUCCGUAACUUUUUUCUUUCGUUCGUUAUCGCAACAGAGAGGCAACUUCGAAAGUGCUUCUUUACCGUCCUCUGUGUCAACUUGCUUCUUCGUUACUUCUUUGACGCAUCGCAAACGCUCGUGUUGCACGCUGGCAAGCCAGGCGCUGCGACAAGUUCGACUUCCGCUUUUCUCCGCCAUUGGCUUUUCUCGACGGGGAGCUUUUCCUGGCCAAGACCGUGUCUCCUUUUGCUGUCGUCUUCGUGUGUGCUUUGUCUUGGUUAUCUUUCCGCCCCUACGUUUGAAACGAGUCCUAUUGACAUAUCGCGAGUCUUUCUUGCCGCGUUUUUCGUAGCAAUUCUCCAGGGCGGUUCUUUUCUUUCUUGCUGCUCUCUGUCUCUCUCUGCUCUCUCUGCUCUCUCUGUCUCUCUCUCCUGUCUGUCUACUACUACUGCUUUUCCUGUUCCUUUCGACCUCCGUUUAUGCCCUCGCUCGUUCGCAACCCAUUCUGUGUCUCCGCAAGCAGCUUCUUCUCAUCCAUGUCGGCUGUAGGCGCCUCAGACGAGCAGACAGACCGAGCCUCGUCGCAGACGCGCGAGCUCUCUCGUUCUUUCGUCACGCGUUGACGCGUUGGAAGAGGAAACAAGAGAAUGCGUCAAGCCAUCGAAGGAGAGAGCAACAUUCAACUGCGCAGCGAGACGCAGAAGGGGGAAUGAGGAUGCAGUGGCGGCUUCUUCGCGGUCCGUUCAGUUGGCGUACGCAGCUGCCUCUCUCCACUCGGUGGACGAUAAAGAAGGCACUUGGAACGACAGAGGGAAAGCGGGGACGGAGAACGGAACCCAGAAAAGCAGCCAAAGGUCGGAAUCCUCGGCGUUGAAGGAAAAACAGUACCGAGUGGGACGAGAAGGACCGACGAGAAACAGAGGUCGUCUCGCUUUUUUGUCCUCCAGCGACUCAAGUCCCCGCUUCCACGUGUCUCCUGUCUCUCCGUCUCCUCCCCACAUGUGUUUCUUCGCCCUCUGCAGUCUGUCUCCUGGAACGACCCGCGAGGAAAUGGGGAGAAGCCCCAGCGUCUGGUCCGCUGUGCAUCCGCCGACUACACCCCAGAGAGAAAAAGAUGGACAGAAGGCGGACGCCGGUCGAGAAGAACGGAGGCGCGGUGGAUGAGGAAAAUACCAAGGCGUCCGGAAGACAGCCGCAACGAAAAGGCAGAACGAACGAGAAGUUUUCUACGCAGCUGGAUCGCCAACCCCCCCACUCCCAUGCUCUCGCCUCCACCUCUUCUUCUUCCUCUUCUUCUUCCUCUUCUUCCUCUUCUUCUUCGUCUUCUUCUCCCUGUACCUCUCGUUGUCCGUCUGUUUCCUCAUCUUCGUCAUCCGCGGCUGCGGCUGCUCGCUUCACUUCGUCUUCUAGAGUCCUUGCGCGCACAAAGAGAGAAGCGUCUCGUCCGCAGCGUCCGCCUGCGGCGCAGGUCGCGAACUCUGUGAGCGGCUGUCAUCGCAGCUCCCUGCAGUCUCUGCUGGCGUCUCCGGAUUUUGCGUUGGCUGAGUUGAGUCGGAGAAACCGGGUGCCGAACCCAAAGGCGAUCUCUCCCCUUCCCUUCCCGUAUCUGAACGCGUCGCUCGCUUUGGCUGACGAGCGGAGCAGAGCAGAAGCUCCUUCACACCGACGAGGAGACGCCGGCGCCCGAGCGGAAGCCGGCUUCGCCCCCCAGGCUCCCGCCGCGAGUCUCAAAGACGAGGCGGAGCGGGGAGCCAGAAUCCGAGACACCCAAACCUGGUGGGCCUGGGUGAAGAACAGCUUCUUGCCAAGAAGCACGAAGCGAAGCGAGAUCCGAGAGACAGCAGGCCCCGAAAAAAGAGAGGGCGAGAAGCCGAGGACCGAUGCAGGCUGGAAGCGACAAGACGCCUGCAACGCCUCCUCGUCUUCCUGGGAAGGAGAACGCGACAGAACCGACGGCUCGGCGAAUGAAACGCCUCCCUCCCUGGGCAUGACGCGCCCUUCGAACUUCCCCGAGAGCCCCGCGUCCUCUCUCCUCUCGGUGCCGCAGCAGCGACCGCGUCCCGCGCUUCGCGCAUGCAUCAUCGUGUGGGCAGACAACCGGGUGUAUCGCGGAGAGACGUUUGCCUCUGCCGUCCGACACGGCUGUGGAUACACUCUGUACGGAGGGACCGCGUCGGCCGCUGCGGCCUUCAUCGAGAAGGAGCCGAGACGGUGCCUGCAGCGAGCUCACCUCUUCUCGCGCUCCGCUGCCCAGGUCCUCGGCUUGUCAACGCCCCUCCUCGCGUUCAACGACUGGAGCGCGCUGGCCCUCCUCAAGGGUGUCGCAGGAACGCGCGACCUGCCUACGGUGUACAGACAGCCGGCGCAGGCUGACCCUCUGCUCCUGCAUGCGCGCCAGCCGCCAGUUUCGCAGUCGGACUGCCUCGCGCACCUGCGCCUGGUGACCGGGAAGGGUGGGACGGGGGGCGCCCGCGGCUGGGGCUUCGCUGGCCUGGAGACCUGGAGACGCCCGCAGGGAGGUUCGUCGCGGCGUCGGGGAGGCAGGCGGCGCAGAAACGGAGAGCGCGCCAGCGAUCUCGAGGCUGCAGAGGAUGCCGGAAGGCGAGAGCGCUCGUGGAGGGGCGCCGCGGCCGAGGAGGAGGAGCAGCUGGCUGCGGCUCUCGCCGUUCUCGCGUCUGCCUCUCCUCGAGUCCCUGCAGGGUACUGUGGCCACUGGGAGAAGGACCAGCGGUCCGGCUGGGGGGUCUUCGUGCGAGGGAAUUCCGGACUCAAGUACGAAGGCUUCUGGCGAAACGACUGUCGAGAAGGACUGGGGAUACAGACCCUCGCGCAGGGCGUCCGCUUCGUCGGCUGCUUCCGAGGCGGCGUCCGACAUGGCAAGGGAGUUCUCUUCCAACCGAAUGGAAGUCUCUACGCAGGCGAGUGGGAAAACGGAUACGUGGUGAAGCAAGAGCUUCUUUUCUUCGGCGCUGUCUCUCCAGAGACAGCCGAUGCAUGCGUCGACGGCCGAGGGGCGACAUGCGAGACGACGGGGACAGCGGCAAGGCUGCAGAGAGAGAGAUCCAGAGGUUCCACAGGAGAACAGCACGAAGAAAAAGGAACGGCGGGAACUUCUCGCGCAGGUAGUGCGUACCGGAGGCGAGGCGAGAAGGCGCUCGACGCUUCGGAGGCAAACACAAUUCGAAGAAGGCGACCGCACAGAGAGAACAGAGAAGGAGAGCGGGAGGGGCCAGAGGCGGCUGUCUGUCUCUGCGCGGAGACCGGAUGUGGGGAACGACGAGAAGAAGCGCGCCAUGCCGAGAGGCCUCUUCGGAUGAAGUUUUCGCAGUCGAUCUCCUCGCCGGUCAUUGACAGCAGCGACCUGCCUUCGUCCUGGGAUGAGACAGAGGAGAGAGAAAAGGAUGAGUCACCUAUCAUCUCCUGGAGAGAGAAGAGAGACCGAUUGCGGACUGGCAGCCGAGCAGAGGCCAGCGGGGCGCGUCAGAAGCCUCGGUCUCUGCUGUCGUGCAUGCAGACGAAAAAUGUGCACAGAUACACGUCGCCGGGAACGCGAGAAGAGGACCUAAAGAGAAGGCGACGGAGGAGAAGAAGAACAGGAGGCGAAGGUGGACUCGCUUCCCCGCGUCACCGAGACGCCUCCAAGAACAACAGAGAAAAAGCGACAAAGUCCCAACCGGAAGGCACAGUUCCUUUUCAAACGAAACUAUCUUUCUCGUCUUCCUGCAUGUCUUCCUGCAUGUCUUCCUCUUCUUCCUCUUCUUCGUCGUCGGCGCAGUCCCCACGACGCGGGAAGGGAAGAGCAGCGCAUGUGGAUUCUGUGUCUUGCGCUGUUGCAUCAAAUGGAGACUCGACCCCGAGACUUCUGCCGCCUUCCUCUGGAUCUUUGCCCUCUCGGACGUUUGUCUCUUCGGCAGCAGCAGCGUCUUCUGAGGAGAUAUCCGUCGAGCGUCACGGCGAAGCGCCGCGCUGUGUGAAACACAGCGCAUGGGCGAGGAGACGCAAGGAGACCCAGGAGACUCAACGGUCUUUGUGUGGGGUGUCCGAGGAAGGAGGGACGCGUCAAACCGGCCGAGAGAAGGGAGCAGCGCCGCAGCGGAGUUCGAGUGGAGAGGGAAAUCGGGAACGGAGUUCACCCAAACACAAAGGAGACAGAUCGUAUCCCUUGCCGUUGAAUGCAGCUUUUGGAGAGAAACCGACAUUUUCAGUGUGCGAUCCGCCCUCACAAAGUGGAGAAGCCAAGCGCGACGAGAGACAGAAGAUGUUCGUGGAUUUCCAACGCCAGAUGGCCGAGGCGCGUCGCUUGUCGUCGGCAGCUGCAUGCGAGGAAUGGGGCACAAGCGAGGUUGCUCACUUCUUCGCCUGUCAGGGAGUUCCCCUGGCGCUCCGGGAGCUGCUGGUCUCUCAGGACGUCGACGGCUCUGCCCUCCUGCAAAUGCAGGAAGAGCACCUGGCCGAGAUGGGAGUGCAUGCAUGGGAAGAUCGGCGACUCCUGCUGUCAGUUGCAGGCAUUCUGCACAAACUGAAGAGACGGCACGCGCAGCGGACGCUCUACGCGUCUGCCGAACAGCUGGAGCAGGCUCAGGCGGUCGUCGCGACUCUGGAGAUCCCCGCCGACGAAAUCAGCAUCGAAGGCCGCGUCGGCGAAGGCGGCUACAGUCGGGUGUACAGGGCGAGGUGGAAGUACACCCGGUCUCUCGAACUCGAGCAGCAGCGCCAGGGCUUGCUUCAGUAUCAACAAGACGUCCAGAACUAUUACGCUUGGGUUCGCCAGCACGCACAGAACUCGACGUCUUCUCGCUUUUCCGGCGAAGCUCAGAAACCGAAGGCCGGGCGCAGCUUCGCUGCUCCUGGGUGUGAACUCGCAGCGUCAUCUUCCUCGUCUGUCGCGUCAUCGUCGGAGUCUUCACUGAAGGACCGCACGAGAACUGAAACAGAUAGGCUUCAGUCUCUUCGCGAGUCGCGCUCCUCGGGAAGAGCGGAUGGCUCUCAGGUGGAAGGACGCUCGCUAUCCGAUGCCGCUGCCUGCAAGGCCGCAGGCUCGUCUGUCUCUCCAGAGUUCUUGCCGGCUGUCCUCUUCCCAAACGCGUUCUGUUUGGAUCCCGCCGGCGACGGGAGUCUUUCCGCGUCGACGUCGCUAGCCGUCUCUCUGGCGCCUCAGCUGCCAGUGACGCAGCCUUGUCCGUGUAUGCAGGCUUAUCCUCUCCCGCCGCCUGUCCCCGCGUUUCCUCAACCUCGGUGUUGCGAAGGCUUCGCGAGCGGCUCUGCGUCUUUCUCUGGGGACAUGCGUGUCGCAGUCAAGGUCUUUCGUCAGCGCGAACUGCGGACUCUGCAGCGCAGCUUCUUUUCCGAGUUGUCGGUGCUGGGUCGCCUGACGCACCCGAACAUCGCGAUGCUUCUCGGCGUAGUCUCCGCGCCGCUGUAUGGGCUCGUGACCGAGUACGUUCCAGCAGGUUCGCUCUUUGACCUCCUCCAUGUGCGACGGAUCCCUCUCUCGUUCAGCCAAGUCGCGCGGUUCGCCAGAGACAUCUGCCAUGGCAUGCGGUACCUCCACGAACAGGGCGUUCUCCACUGCGACUUAAAGAGUCCGAAUGUACUCCUGGGCCGACGCGGAGAGAUCAAGCUGUGCGACUUCGGCCUCGCGACCCUCAUCGAGACGGCUCCAGAUGCUGCCGACGCGCGCUGCGAGGACGGCGAACGGCGCGAUCCUGCUGGAGGCGACGCGGCGGCCGCGCAGUGGGGCAGAGAGGCUAGGAAACCGCAGCUGCAAGAGGCGCACCUGGGAUGCGUCGGCACUCACCACUGGAUGGCUCCCGAAGUUCUUCGUGGGGAGCCUUUCACGGCUGCUGCGGAUGUCUACUCCUUUGGCAUGGUUCUGUGGGAGAUGGUUGCGAGGAAAAUUCCUUUUGAAGGCAUGAAUAGUCCUGCGCACAUCAUCACGGCAGUGGGGUACGGCGGCGCGUCUCCUGUGUUGUCUCCGUCGCCUCCGCCUCUGCGGGAAAUCCUGGAAAGAUGUUUGAGUCCUUCUCCGCAGAACCGGCCUUCGUUUGCGUGGUGCGCUCAACAGCUGCAGUCUUUGUACGCGGCAAAUACGCUCGACGUCGAGGUGAAUCUCAGCACACUGCUGGGUCUUGAGUGAAGAACUGGAGGCAUGUUGGGAGAGCGCUUCUGAGUCCCAGGCCUUGGCGCGGCUGAGGCGCUCAGGUGAGGCAUGCUCCUCUCCUGUCGCGGUUGUGGGGGAGAAGAGAGCGACGGGGGACGCGCUGGUCUCUGCUCCUCAGGCACAGCCUUCCUGCGCCGCAUCGGCGGUGGAUUUUACGCGGGCAACAUGGCGUCGGAAGCGAUGGUAAUCGAGAGAAGGAUCGAGCAGGCGCGGAAGAGGAGCUGUCUCAUCUUUGAAGAAGGUCGAAAGAGAGAGGGGGAGGAGAACAUGCAGGAAGAGAGAAGACCUCGAAGAAGCAGGGAGAGGAAAAGGGCAGGCGCGAAACUCGCGCCUGCCCAUAACGGAGACAGUCCGGCGAGCGAAAUGUCACGAACGAGGGGAAACAGAGAGCGGAGAGAGACGGGGAGAGGCACCAGCAGAAAAAAGGUGGACGCAACCAAGCAGCAGCGGGGGAGGGGAGGGGGGGAGAACAGGAAAACGAGAAGUAACGAGAGAACGGGGAAGUUGCCUCUCGGAGGGUCUUUCCUCGCUUGUGAUGAGAGACAAUGAGCAUGCAACUGAAUCGGUCUAUCGCAGACUCAAGGGAAACCACUGUUAAAAAGAACUCUUUUCCUCACAGAUUCAGCUCUCAACCAUCUGCGGAAGCUA